AUGCGAAAGCUGUAUUCACGGUAUUCGGACAUUUUUUACGUUCUUUUAGGAACUGUCCUUUUAACAACAAUAAAUGAACUAUUGGCAAUCAUUUGUAAACAAAAGUUCUCAAUUUUGAUGUUAUCUUCAAUUGAUGUUUUGAAUAUCGGUCUUGUAAACACAACAAUCGAUUGGAUCAGCACAGUUUCUUUAGCGGUGAUUGUAUCAAGUCUUCCACUCAAUAUCAUUGCUGGCUACUAUUCGCUGAUGAACGAUCGUUUGGCAUUUCCGAUUCGG